UAUAAUGUUUGAGACAAGCAAUAGGAGAAAAGACUGCUGUUAAACAUUUAUUUCAUCUAGAUUUAUUUUCACAAAUAAAACGCAAAACAUAUUGUGAGGAAUAAGAUAAACCAUUCGGACUUUUUGACGAUUUUUCGUUUAAUCAGUAAGAAAAACUAUGUCACUUUCGUUUGUAAAAGUUUCUUUGUUCUUACUUUUAAUUAGACAGUGUUCAUUGUUUAGUUUUGAGUAUGCCUUAAAAAAAGUUGAUAGUCUUGAAGCUAGAUUGGUUGCUCUGGAAACGGUGGAUCAUUUAAGACGUCUUGAAAUCGAUGAAAUUUUUGUUCAAUUUUCUGAAUUCGACAAGAAAUUCAGAGCAAUGAACAUGUCAUUACUUUCGACAAGUACAAACGUGGAUGUAAACAAUUGUAAAAAUUCAAUUGUUAGUACAGAUGGACACUCACUUAGUUACCUGGUUAAAGGAAUGGCUGCAGAGAAACUGUUGAGCUACAAGAACCGAAAGGAUCUUGAGAGGUUGAUAAGUUCCUUAAAAAAUGUAUUUAGUGAUCACAAGAAUAAAUUUGAAGAAAUGACAAAAAUGUUAAAAAGUGAAAUUGAUCAAAAUAGAGACAAUCUGAUAAAUGGCCAAGCUUUAUUGGCAGACACAUGUGAUACGAUAAAAGAAGGAUAUAGAAAUGAAAUUGCCUCUUUAAAGGCUGAAUUUGGGCAAAUGACCUCUUUAAAUGCUGAAUUUGUGCAUGCACAACUGAAGAAAAUGAAGAACGAAAUAGAAUUGUUGAAAGACGUAUCAAAGAAUCAUAAGGCUAUCGGGAUAGAAUCAUGCGUAGAUUUAUUACGUCAGUUCGUUAGUGGUAUUUAUCAGCUCAAUAAUGGUCUGAAAGUUUAUUGUGACCAAACUACCGAUGGGGGAGGUUGGAUAGUUUUUCAGCGUCGUGAAGAUGGAAAUGUCGAUUUUGAACGCACAUGGGAUAACUACAAAACUGGAUUUGGAGAUUUAUUGUACGAGUUUUGGCUAGGAAACGAUAAUUUACAUGUCCUUACAGAACAUGGUAACCACGAGUUACGUAUAGAUAUAGAGGACUUUGAAGGUAAUAAGGCUUAUGCUAAAUACAGUCAUUUCAAAGUUCAUGGAGAAGUUGAUAAGUAUAGGCUUGAAGUGAGUGGGUACAGUGGAAAUGCUGGCGAUUCUCUCUCCAGUCAUAACAAAAUGGCAUUUUCUACAGUAGACAGGGAUAAUGAUCCGUACAAUGGCAAUUGCGCCAAGGAUUACAGAGGUGCAUGGUGGUAUUUGUUAGGCUGUCACUAUUCAAAUCUCAACGGAUUUUACUACCAUGGGUCGGGUUCACCACAUGGGAAAGGUGUAAUAUGGUAUCAUUGGAAAGAAUCUUUUAGGUAUUCACUAAAACGUGUCGAGAUGAAGCUACGAUCAACUUAAUCUAAUUGAAUAUUUUGUAAAAGUAUCGAGAUUCAUAAACUUUGGAAUAAUACAUCUUCGCCUGUACAUGUGUCUAAUGAAUGAAUGUUCACAAAUACAUUUUUGCAAUGUUAAUGCAAACAAUCACGCAGUGUUAAUGCUACAUAAUGAAAACUAGUUCUGAAAAAAUGUACAAUUAGACAAUUAAAUAUGCAUAAAUUGAACAACUGUUGUAAAUUUAUUAUUUUUUACAGCGCAUAUUGGCAGAAAUUAAUUGAAAAAUUAGACAGUGCCUUAUAUUUAGACAAAUGUCUUGUAGGAUAAAACAAAAACUACAAGAAGUGUAAAAUGAUGUAACAUAAUAUAAAAUAAAACACUUCUAAAUUCCAAAUUAACAAAAGCAAUUAAGUAUCGAGAAAUACUUUUUAAAAAACAAUUUACUUAAAAACUUUUGAAAGUUUGUUAAAUUUAAGCACAUUGCAAUAAUUUGAAUAUAUUAAAUAGAACUCGUUGCAUAUUUAUCAUUCCAAAUCGCUUCGCUUUAUUCCCCUAUUAAACAGUCCUGUCACUCGAGUGCAUAUUUCUAGGAAAAUAUGAACAGAAUAAAUAAAGGAAUGUCUACAUUUAAUACGAAAUAAUAAAUUCUAAUAAUAUUCAUGUUUAAGAUGAAAUCAUGAAGAAUAGCUUCUCUUGUCGAAAAAUAAUCGUCACUUUAAAUCAAUAUGUUGAUUUCAGCUCUUACUAAUUAUUCAGUCGCACAAAUAAGAACAUUAUGCUGGUGAUGACCAAUAUAGAUUGAAUUAUGGAAUAUCUGAAAGGUUCUACGAUCAACUAUAUAAGGGGUGUUAGCAUAUAUUUGGCUGCAGCUACUACAUGUGUAUAAUAUACACAUGAAGCCGUUAAUACAAGGACGUAUUACCUGUUUAAUACGACUUCAUUAUGCUUCUAAUCCUUCUUUUCAAAUCAAAAAGAUAAAUUCACGAAAAGUACUAUUUCGUUUCCAUACAAUACAAAUACAUAUUUUGUAAAUUGUAGAGCUAUUCAUUUUAUGAAUUGAAUGUAUGUUAUGCCUCAGGAACGAAUGAAUAGUUUGUUUUGUAAAAAUGGCAAAUAGGAGUUUUAUAAUGUUUGGGUAAUAGUUUAAGGGCAUAUUUACAAAAGACCGGUGGGGGCAUUUCAACUUCAUGAAUUCCGGAUUUCAGCUUCAUGAAUUCUCGAUUUCAACUUCAAGAAUUUACGAUUUCAACUUCAUGACUUCACGAUUUCAAAUUCACGAAUUCACGAUUUCAACUUCAUGAAAUUGAAAUCUUGAAUUCGUGAAGUUGAAAUCGUGAAUUCAUGAAGUUGAAAUCGUGAAUUCGUGAAGUUGAAUUGGUGAAUUCACGAAGUUGAAAUCGUGAAUUCACAAAGUUGAAUUCGUGAAGUUGAAAUCGUGAAUUCAUGAAGUUGAAAUCGUGAAUUCGUGAAGUUGAA